GGUAAACACUGAGGCGAGUGUCGACCACAGACUCGGCUUCAACUAUUUUAAACUGCUAUCUUGACAACUGGUAUAUGUGAAUAUCGAUGCGUCAGUGAUAUAUCUAGCCAAUGAGCAUCAACUGAAGGACAAACAGGAUGUAAUGAAUGCUAACUUGCACUGUAAUGGUAGAUUGGAUGUUGUUUUUAUUGUUUUUGGAAUAAAAUCCGCCCAUCCUGCAGCAAAAGGGGCCAGACAGAAGUGGUGCGGUCCUUCUUCAGAACAGAACCUGUCAGGAUGACUUCAGAAGACACUGCCCUGCACACUGACCUCACCGGAUCACAACAUUCUACUGGCAGAACCGUCUGUCCAACUCCAGAACCCCCCCGCUGGACCUACUUUCAUAAGCCCAUAAUCGUCAUGGUGAUGGGGGGCCUGAUGUCUGGUGUGGGGGCUGUUCUGUUUCUGCUCCACUACCUGGGAGUGACGGAGACACCCCACGCCACCGCCCCUGCCUGUCUGUCCAUCGGGCUGAUGUUUGUGGUGGUGGGGCUGGUCUGGGUUCCCAUCCUCAAGGAGAAACUGAGACGGACAGGCCUGGGGGCCUGCAGGGCUAGGGAAGGUUCUGAUAGCAGUGUGUGACAUGUAAGUACUGGGAGUAUUUUCCUGAUGCAGAUUAGCCCUGUUGGCUAAAUCUAAAUGGAGAUUAAUUUUAAUCAGUAUUCUGGAACCACCCUGAUACAUGGAAUCACUAGAGCGGAACGUAGAAGACGUUUUAUCAGACCAUUAUUAAUCCUGAUUGUGAUAUAAUGAGUAGGCUAAUGCGCAAGGUCAUAAGAUUGAGGGUUGAUGAAUAAAAUACAAUCUCACUUAUUUUUUUCCUUCUGAGAUUACUUCGGAAAGACGUGUAAUAAAAUAUGAUAAACUUUUAUAGGCGAAAUUUCAUACAUCUCCCACGAGUUGGUGAACUUUGAACAGUUUUACAAUAAUCUUUUGUACGCGUCUCUGCAAGUGCUCACUCGCGUCUCCGCUCCAUGCGCCAGGAUUCUGAAUCAACACAGUUCCCCCUCAGGAAUAGGAAAUUACCUCAGAACUUCAAAUCAAAGGUAACUUCCAAAGAGGUGAUAUUCAUUAGGCCUACAUCAUGGCGGGUGUACCGGAGACAGUAAUUGAGAGGAGGUUUCGGGGAGUUGGCCGCUGCAAGUGCGCUUUUUGGUUUGCUGUGGCGCACGACAUACUUGGGGCGUUAAUACUUCUGACAGGGGUGUUUGCAGGAUUCUUCAUCCACGAUUUGUUUAUCUACGCCGGUGCCGUUGUCAUUUUCCUGAGCCUAAUCUGGUGGGUCUUCUGGUACUCGGGGAACAUCGAGGUUCCUCCAGAGGAACUUGAGGACGACGUCGGCAUGGUCAAACUAAAGAACAGAGGAAUUAGCGGAGUGGUCAGAAAAGUGUCUGACCGCCUCACCAACGGAAUAAGAAACUCUUUCAGAAGGAAUGGAAGGGCCCACGGAGAGGUUACCGGGGCCAUGACAACGCCACCGCCUUUGAAGGGCGCUACUCAAGAGGAUCCAGCAAUGUCACUCUCGGUUAUAAACGAGAACACCAGAGCUGCUCAUUCAAAUGAACUUGUCAGGGAGACCCUGGCUGUAUAAUUGGAUGUAUAGGCCUGUUCAUGGGACUAGACAUGAAUGGGACUAGAUGCUACUAUGAACAAACGUGCAUGAAAUAAUGAUGAAAGAUCAUUGUAGAUUGUACAUUUGUGACUUUUUAUGGUGCAGCCUUCUCUUUAGAAUGCCCAAUUAGACUAAAAAGGGAAUAUAAGUGUUUGCCUUGUUGGUAAUGAUUAAGCAACAUCAAGGUCUUUUCUGAACAGGAUCCAUAUGUCAUCUUAUCUGAUAGAUAAACAAGUAGACUUUGCACAUGUCACUGAUGGUUGAAAAUACGAUGUAGACUGCAAUGUGUAAGAUACACCUUGGAGUGUCAUCUGUUUUAGUGUUUAUCAGAAUUUAGCAUAAUAGACACUCUUUGGAAAUUGCUUGACUAAACUGAAUUACAGCAUAUUUGUAAUAAUUCGUUUAUUUGUACAAUAGUUGUUAAUAUCACAAUUUAAACAUAUGACGUGCAUGUUUUUCAUCGACUAUUUAAGUAAAACAAUGUUUUAAAAAAUGUGUUGUACUUGAAGAAUGUAAUUUCUCAAGCAUGUUCAUUUAUCCAUGAGUGAACUAAAAGUAUGUGAUGGUUAGUAAUAUGGAUGCACACAUAAGGGUCUAGUUCCUCUCCUUAUGAAAUCUCACCAGUUUCUUUUGUGGCACAUGGACUUCCCCUAAGAUAUUUACAUAUUCCUAAAUCUGUAAUAAAACACCAGGUCUGUCAGAAAACAAGCCAUGAACUGGAAAGUACAUCAUUUCAGACCCAAAUCUAAUUUCAGGUUUUGGUUCAGAUAUCAUAAUUCAGGGUCUAUUGUUCAGGUGAUCCUAUCAUUGUAGUUGUACUGUACAGUGUAGGGCAGUGAUGUCUGAGGGAGAAUGUGGCCAGGGUUUCUACUACGACGGCCUGGUUGAGGAGUGUCAACACUGCUUCCACAGAUGCAGCUCUCCGCCCAGAGUGUGCUCGAAAUACUGCUCAUUGCCAUCAGAAAGUAAAGCCCCAGAGAACCUAAACGUGCGGUUAAUUCUGGUGUGGCUCUUCGUGUUCAUGUUGGUCUUCUGCACUCUCAUUCUGCUCCUGCAAAUGCUGAGGAAGAAGUCAUGCAGACUGUUCCUGAAGAACAAAGUAUCUAAACCAGGGGGAGCACAUCAGUGUUCAGAUGUGGACGGCCGCCCUGAUAGCGCUGGGCAGAGAAAGGACGUGGAUGGAAACUCUGUGAGUAGUUGGAGGGGAGUGGAAGUCGACAGCCAGACCCAGUGCAACUCCAGCCUUCCUGUCCCAUCCACAGAGGAGGGCGUUACCAUACUGGUCACUACCAAGACUGUGCAGAACUUUGAUGAUUAUAGCAGCUACUCAGAGUAUGGCACAGAGGAGGAGGAGACUGCAUGGUGGUGGAGGUCUGGCGUUGUGUAGCUGGAGAUAAUGCACGCAUGGUAUGUGCAUAUGAAAUGUUAACUGUGCGGGUGCAACCCCCCCUCACACCGCACACACGCACACACACACACACACGCACGCACACGCACGCACGCACACACACACACACACACACACACACACACACACACACACACACACACACACACACACGCACACGCACACACACACAUGCACAAACACAUAUAGCCCCACACACACACACACACACACGCACACACACACAUGCACAAACACAUGUAGCCCCAUGUUCCUGCAAAGAUUAACCUCCUUCACACAGGUACACAUACACACAACAGCGACUACAGAGGAUCGUAAAUGAACUACAGAUUCGGAAUCACUCCAACCCAAUCAUAUGACUACGUUGUGCCUUGUCAUGUGACCAA